GUUGUCUGCUGCAGAAAAAACCAUGAAAUGCAACUAUUGAACUGAAAAAAUAACAGAUAUUUGAUCUUUCAAAGGCACCACUGGGGCUGGAAUCUGAAUUUGACUGUUUUUUUAGAGUAUGGGUGUUGUUACUGUUGCUGAACUGAAAACAGGAAUAUCUGGGAAGAGAUCUUUUCGUCCGAAUUCGAGUACAAGGCAUGCCACUGAAUGGCCUAUUUCUGAUGUUUCCAGUGAUCUUAAGAUUGACAUUGGAGCAUCAAGCUUUGCACUUCACAAGUCUCCUCUAGUUUCACGAAGCGGAAGGAUCAGGAAGCUGUUGGUUGACGCAAAGGAUGCGAAGAUUACACGGAUAAAUCUCUCUUCUGUUCCCGGUGGACCAGAGGCAUUCGAGCUAGCGGCGAAGUUCUGCUAUGGAAUAAAUGUUGAGAUUACAUUAUCGAACAUUGCAGCGUUAAGAUGUGUAUCACAUUUCCUGGAAAUGGGAGAAGAUGUUGCUGAGAAGAACCUUGAAGGUCCUACAGAAGCUUAUUUAAAGGACGUUGUACUACCGAACAUAUCGAGCACCAUAGUCGUUCUUCACCGUUGUGAAAGCCUCUUGCCUAUAUCGGAAGAGAUCAACCUGGUUAACCGUCUUAUUGACGCAAUCGCAAAUAAUGCAUGUAAAGAGCAGCUCACUUCUGGCUUAUUGAAACUUGAUCACAACUUUCCAUCAAAAGCUAUGUCGAACAUGGAACCGGAAACGCCAUCCGAUUGGUGGGGAAAGUCUCUCGCUGUUCUUAAUCUCGACUUCUUCCAACGAGUUCUAUUGGCCAUUAAAUCGAAAGGUCUAAGACAGGACAUGAUCUGCAAAAUUUUGAUAAAUUACACUCAUAAUUCUUUUCAAAGUCUGGUUGUCAAGGACCAUCACUUGGUAAAAGGAAGCCUGUUGGAAUUGGAGUUGCAAAAGAAACAAAGGCUAAUUGUCGAAGCCAUAGUUAGCUUACUGCCAACUCAAUCUAGGAAGAGUCCGGUUCCGAUGGCAUAUCUCUCGAGUCUACUGAAAACCGCAGUAGCCUCGUCGGUAUCCACUUCGUGCAGAUCAGAUUUAGAGAGGCGGACCGGUCUGCAACUAGACCAGGCGAUUCUUGAAGAUAUACUAAUACCAGUCAAUUCACAUGGAAACAAUCACACAUCCAUGUAUGAUACAGAGUCAGUCCUGAGGAUUUUCUCCAUCUUUUUGAACUUGAGUGAUGAAGAUGAUGAUGAAGAGAAUCCUUUAAGAGAUGAAAGUGAAAUGGCAUACGAUUUCGAUGGCCUGGGAUCUCCGAAACAAAGUUCAAUCCUUAAAGUUUCCAAGUUACUGGACUCUUACCUUGCUGAAGUUGCAUUAGAUACAAACUUGUUUCCAUCAAAAUUCAUAGCAUUAGCAGAACUACUUCCGGACCAUGCUCGAAUCAUUAGCGAUGGAUUAUAUAGAGCUGUUGAUAUCUUCCUCAAAGUUCACCCGAACAUGAAGGAUUCCGAACGUUACAGGCUGUGCAAAACGAUAGACUGUCAAAAACUAUCUCAAGAAGCAUGUAGCCAUGCGGCGCAAAAUGAAAGGUUACCUGUACAAAUGGCUGUCCAGGUGUUAUAUUUCGAACAAAUCAGGCUUCGUAACGCGAUGAGCGGACGCCACAAUCAGUUCUUUUUCGGUGCAAUCAACGGUCAAUUCCCUCAACGAUCCGGCAGCGGUGCAGGUAGUGGAGCCAUCUCGCCCAGAGACAACUACGCAUCGGUAAGAAGAGAGAACCGAGAUCUGAAACUCGAAGUUACACGGAUGAGAAUGAGGCUAACCGACCUAGAGAAAGAUCAUGUGUCCAUGAAACAAGAGUUGGUCAGGUCCCAUCCUGCAAACAAGAUAUUCAAAUCAUUCACCAAGAAAUUAAGCAAGCUCAACUCCUUAUUCAGGAUCAACAAUCUUAAGCCAUUAGGGGGUAAAGCAAAUUCAAAAUCCCGAUUCUUUUUCAAAGGCGAAGCAGCCACUCGGUAGUGAUUAACUGAAAGUGUAUGGUAAUUAUGUGUAGCGUGAAAUUAAUUACAUGUGCCCCAUGAAUGCAACCGGAACACUGGGCUUCCACCCCAUCUUAUUCGGUUCCGUCUCGACUCGUUGGCCGUUCUGAAU